AUGAACGGUUACAACCUUUGGUGUAUCAUCUUCACCUGUUUUGGGGCCUUUUUCUAUGGAUAUGAUUCUGGCCUCACGACCUCGAUCAUUGCCUACCCUGAGUUUAUUGAGUACUAUGGCUUCAACUCUGUCACCCUUGGAGCGCUUGGUUCUUCGUACUAUGCUGGCCAAACCAUCGGUAGCCUCGCCAACUUUUGGAUACCUGACCGCUUUGGACGGCUGUGGAGCGUUCGGUUCGCAUGCGUUAUAGGCCUGCUAGGAUGUGGAAUGCAGACUGGAGCACAGGGCUUGGGUGUCCUGUUGGCGGGAAGAGCCAUUGGUGGCUUUUCUUGUGGACUGAUAUUCGCGCUAUGCCCGCUCUACGCCAGCGAGAUGUCUCCUCCUCACGUCAGAGGUCGUGUCGGCGGCUUGUACAGGCAACUCAGUGUCAACGUCAAUGUGUCAUAUGCUAUCACUGAAUGGAUGGGACUAGGAAUCUCAUACCUGUCAGGCGACGUCAAGUUUCGGGUCUUCCUUGGACUGCAACUUCUGGUCGCUGUGCUCAUGCUUGUUGGCUCCAUCUGGAUGCCCGAAUCUCCUCGAUGGCUGGCUGCCCACGGUCGACCAGAUGAGGCCCUCGCCAUUCUGAAGCGUCUCCACGGCACCGACGUCCACCACGAGCCUGGGGCCAGCAAUUCAGACAAAGACGAACCUGCCGAAGCCGUUCCGUUUUACCAACGCGAGUUCAACCAGAUCGAGUCCCAGAUCCAGCUUGAAAGAGAACAAGGCAACUAUGGCGUGUGGACGAUCUUCUCACGUCCAUCGUACCGCAAGAGGCUGUACAUAGCGCUCUUCUACUACUUCUUCCAACAGGCAACCGGCGUCAUCCCAUUGCAAAACUACCAGACCAUUCUCUACUCCCUGCUCGGCCUCACCGGCAAGAUGCCUUUGAUCCUCGUCGGUGUCUGGGGCACGGCGGGUACAAUUGUCUCCAUCAUCGGCGCGUCGUUGUUCGACAAGCUGGGCCGCCGCAAGUCGUUCUUCAUCUCAAUCACCGGCGUCAUCGUCGGCUCCGUCAUGCUGGUUAUCUUCUGGGCCCGCUUUGAAGCCGGCGGCAACACGAGCGAGACACUUGGUGCCUUGGCUGUGUUCAGCAUGUUCGUCUUUCUUUGCGGCUUUGGCUGGAUCAUGAACGCAUUUGCGUAUACCUACCCCCCGGAGAUACUGCCGACCGAUAUCAGAGCGACGGGAAUGGCACUUGGGUUUGGCAUCAAGAUGGCCUGGAUCAUCUGCCUCGUGCAGGUUACGCCGAUUGCCAUUGAGAGUAUCAGCUGGAAGUACUUCCUCGUCUUCAUCUUCUUGGAUGUCAUUUUCCUCCUCGGCGUUUAUUUCUACUUCCCCGAAACAAUGAACACCCCGCUGGAAGAGAUCGCUCGUCUCUUUGGCGACGAUGUGGCCGUCACGUUGGAUGAAGCGGGUGGCAAAGGAAACAGAAAUGAGGAACCGGAGACUAAGGACGAUGUUGAGAUGCUCGAGAACGUCCGCGGCACGACACAGCAGGAGACAAAGUCGUGA